AGAGGAGUCGAGUGGAGCUGGAGGGAGCUAGCGCUGGAGUCGUGGAGAGGUGCAUUUACCAGUUUACCAUACCGAUGCAGAAAUGAUUAUGUUGCUUGUUUUAUCGGCAAGACGUCUGAGAUCUAGAUCAGGAGCGGCAGUGUUGAAUGUUACUGCGUUGUAGGUUCUUCUUGUUAUUAUUCUAGCGUUGGCUAGUCCUUGCUAGCGACACGAACAAACUCAGAUCGAGCUGCAGUUUGAAGGCUGGUGUCAGUGGUGACUUUUACUAACUCGUUUUUGUGAGAGAACACACGUAGAUCUACGACGUCCGAGCGAGUGUAAAAUUUGUGUCGUCGUGGCAUUUAGCAGCAGGGCAUAGAAGAAGUAUCUGUACUACUAAUGACUAUGUACUAGCCGAUCAUGAUUGCUCUGUUUCCCACUGUCCGUCUCUCAACGUCAUUGUUAUCACCGUAACUCACAACAGCUUGCAUUGCAGUGUAGGGUGCGUCUAGAUCGUGUCUGACGCUUUCUCCCAUCAUCUUGGACCAGUCGACGCAAUAGUAUUAGUAGUCGGGUGCCGCUCUAACAGCGCACCGUUUCUAGCGCACACCUGUGUCGUUUGUGGCAGUCCUGCUGCUGUCCGCAACCAUGGCUGGUGCAGCGCUUCGUCGCCUGAAGGCGGCGAUAUUCAAGCCUAUGGAGCCUGCUCACUCCACUUUGGAUCUGCGCGAGGAAUUUGGUGUGUUGAAGUCGGUGGAGCAUGGAUUCCCUCACCGACCAUCGGCCAUGGCCUAUUCACCAGACCUAGGCCUUCUGGCAGUAGGUUGUCAAUCGGGAGAGUUAGCACUCUACGGAAAAGCGGGGGUGGAGACGUCGGCGAAACAUGAACCUGAGUCUAGCGUUGUACAAAUUAUUUUCCUCGGACGACAGUUACGCGUUCUCAGCGUCGGUUUUGAGAAUGACUUGCACCUGUGGUCAUUAGAGAAUUGCGACGAUCGGUGUCGAAUGGUGCAGGAGGCGUCCUAUCAAGUCGUCUACCCUGGCAUCAAGCGGGUCAGCGUCGCCUGCUAUCCUCGUGGCGGCGAGCAUAUCGCCGUGGGAACCGAAGGCGGCAAUGUGUUGCUGGUCAGUUCGAACAAACUGAUGUUCAGCAAUAAGCAAGAGGAUAUCAUCUACUGGAACAAAGCCACCGAACCUGCCCAAGGCACCAAUAAACUACAUCCUGGCAGUGUGGAAGCUUUGGAUUCGUGCCCAACUGAUCCGGACAAGCUGCUGAUCGGUUUUGAGAAAGGCAUGCUCUGUUUGUGGAGUCUAUCAGAGAAAAUGCCCCUGCGCAACUUCCCUCCAAUACAGUAUUUAUGCAGUGCGAUAUGGCACCCUGCUGGCCACAUGUUUGCCAGUUGCCAUGAAGACGGUACCAUAGCGAUGUGGAGUGUCGAUAUGGAGGAAGAUCACGGCGGCAGCGUUAAACCGUACGGGCUCAAGGAGGAAUGCCGCAAAGUGCAGCAGUUAGCGUGGAGAGGACACAAAGAUGACGGCAUGCUGAUAUUCGAGGGCGGUCUCGGACGGCAGGAGUACGGUGACAAGUUUUGUGUGUCAGUGCAGGUCGGCAAGGACCUGACUGGGCUGGAGUUCACGUCGCGCGUCAUUCAGUUCAGCCUGGUGGACGACGACGAGGGAAAUCCCGACACUCUCAUUGUACUCUGUGAGGAGGAGCUGGUCGCCAUCGACUUGAAAACGCCAGGGCUGCCGUCAAUACCGAAGCCGUAUCUGUACAGCUUGCACGACUCGCCGCUAACCUGCAUACAGCACGUAGCCGAUUGUCCGCCUGACUUCAUCCAGGCUCUGCACAACGCGAAUUACGAACCGCCAGAAAAGUCAACACGGCCCUGGCCCAUUCGUGGCGGAGUGUUAUGUGGUGAACAAGACGCAACUAAAAAUCACAACCUACUACUGACCGGGCACGAAGAUGGAUCAAUACGAUUUUGGGAUGCCACGGGUGUGUCAAUGUCGCUAAUCUACAAGGUGACGACGAACAGCUUCUUCAUCAACGUAGACAUCCCGCCGGAAGAGGAUGACAUGGAAGAGGCGGAGGCGGACAAAUGGCCGGUGUUUGUCAAAGCGGGAACGUUUGACCCGUUCUGCGACGAUCCUCGUCUCGCUGUUAUGCAGAUUGAAGUUUGUCCCUUGUCCCGGACAAUGGCAAUAGCCGGUUACGGUGGUCAAGUGUUUGUGUUUGACUUUGCCGCCGAAGCAUCGCUCUCACAGUUCAAUCAACAAAUCGUCGAGAUGAAGCUGGACGGUGAGGACAUCUCGCGGAAGCUCAACGAAAUGCUGGAGUUCCAGACAGGCUCUCUGGAAGUUGCGGCAGGUUUCCAGCCGUCAGUGGGCCUGCUGAUCUGCCCGCCUGCCCCCAUCAUUGCCCUGUCACUCAGCAGUCAAUACGGAUUAGUUGGGUUUGGUUGUCGGCGAGGCCUCUCCGUCAUCGACUAUUUCCAAUCGAGAGUGCUGGCCACGGAGUGUACCAUUCUAGAAGAGGAAUCACGCCACACUCUCUCGCGACUGCAGUCGAUUCGCAAGUCGUUCCGCCUGACCGUGCGCCGGAUACGCAACCAGAGCGUGCGCGUGCUGAACGGCCGACGCCAGCGCCACAACUACGACACGCCGAUGGCCCAGGGAAGCGCCUCUGCAGUCAGUGCCGCGCCGCCCACGCGCCCCAAGGAGAAGCGAGAGACCGAGGAGGAGAUCCAGCAGAGACGCGACCAGCUUGGUAACGGAGUGCGCUGCCUGAUGUUCUCGAACACGUUCGCGCCGGGAUCCUCGACCCUCUCACCGGCGGCGUUUGGCUGCACGAACAGCGGCCGUACGUUCCUGUACAGCAUGGAGCUGCCGGCCGAGGUGAAUCGCUACAAGGAGACGGUCGCUCUCAGACCUAUAGAGCGCGAGUUUGCGUUACGGCACGGAGCACCAAUCAUUGCAUUCGGUGUGGUGGAUCACAGUGGACGGCACAUAGCCAGCUCGUUCGAGAUCUCAAUGAACAGAGCGAAGAGUGCAGACAAUCGCGUUCCGCACUACGCCGUGUUCUGUACGGAGGAGCAGAUCAAGGUUGUCACCCUGCCUGGUCUUAAGAACUUCUCCAAGUACAAGCUGUAUGAUUCUGACGGCUCUCAGGUUCAACGGGCCGGAUUUGUUCAGACAGAGGAUGGCGCUCAGAUGAUUGGAAUCAUCUCCAAUGAAGGCGAUGCGCUACUGUUGUCUCUACCGGAGUUGACUGUUCGCAUGCGCUCUCCAGCAGUGAGAUGGGACGACUUCAGAGGUCAGAGAACAUUUGUAUUGACACGUCGCUUUGAAGCUUUCCACAUGCGCUCACCAUCUCAGUUGCAGAGACUUGCCCUUGCACCCAGGCAUAAGGUUGUUGCCAAUUGUAACGUAGAGCUAUUGGCAGAGCGCUCCACAACGCAAUCGGCCGAGGCAUCAGCGUCUGCAACCCCAUCAUCGGACACCGGCAUCGAAAAGCGCACACUCUCCAACACUCUGUCCUCGGCAUUUGGCAGUCUGUUCCAUAACCGCACGCGAACACCAUCGCCGAGCGGCACUGCAGACCAGCAAGCAACCGCGUCGGAUACCAAGCGUAAGGGACCCCCAGUACCGGCACCUCCAGCGUCAAGGUCGAAAGCGAAGAGCGUCUCGUCACCAGCUGCCAAGGCCGAUGCACCUGCCAAUGAAACGGAUUUCUUCGCCGAUGAAGCAGCUCGUGCCGAGGAAGAGGGUGACUUUGUCAGCGAAGUGCUGAGUGGAAUGGAUUCAUUCCAUACUCCUCCUGAGUCCGUCUCUUCUCCGUCCCACGAUGACAAGCCAACGCCCAAACCAAGAGCAACAUCUACGCCUAGAGCAGGGCCGCCGCAAACAGCUAAUGAGCGCAUGAUACAGGCGGCAUCAGAAAGAGGUGAUCGUCUGACCGCGACAGACGUGCGGACGAAGAAAAUGUCCGACUCAGCCGCCGGCCUUGCAGCCAUCUCUGGACUGCUAGCGUCAAAGGGCGAUGACACCGAGGCAACCGCCGGAAAUUCGAAUGCCACUGAAGGUGCAGGUCCGCACAAAGACGGACUUCGGACGCGACAGGAAUCCAUUCCCAACGAUCCAAAAGGCCAUGAGGACCUGGAAAUGAUACUGGAUUUGCCGACAACCCGCACUCGUGAAGUGAACAUUGACGAAGCCGCAAACAGACAUGACAAACCGGCCGGCACAGACCCGUCUCCGCUGGCAAAGCCAAGGCCACAUCCACGCAAAUCAUCAUCGUCAUCAUCCACCGCAGCCGCACAGCCACGCACUAGAGUCCAGGGCAGCAAGAAGUGGUGGAGGCUGAAAUGAGAGCCGUGGAUGUCCGUCUUCCUACAAACGUCUUUCUGCAAACGGGCAGCAAGUGUGCUUGCUGCCGUCUGUGUCUGGGUAUGCCUGCGUAUGUGUGUACGUGUGUAUCUAUAUUCUAUUUCUCUCUCUCCCUCUCGCUGUCUGUAAUGCACUAUGGUGGCUAAGCCUGCUCAAAGGCGUGAAGCGCCUAAUGCCUUGAGCCUCUCAAUGCCUGCUCAAGACUCUUGAAUCGUAUGACAUGUGUACACACUACAGACACUCGCACGCAUGCACGAACGCCCACACACACGAACACACACACACACACACGCACACAAACACGAACACACGCGUAUGCAUGCGCGCACGCGCGCGCACACACACACACACACACACACACACACACAGUGUGCAUUGGCUGAGCAUGUGCCCCUCGUCUAUACUAAACCCUGCCCAUACCAUUUGCACACAGCUACUCUGUACAUUAUUACAAUGCAAUAAUAGAAUUACCAGCAAUGUUUCCAUAGUGAUCGUAACCAUGGUGUUAAUACCGCAAUACCGUAUGCCUGAUCCCGUACUGUUGCUGCUGUACAUGCACUGCAAUUGAGCACAGACAACAGCGUCCGUCCGUUCUCCACUCUCCUCCCCAUCGCUCGCCUCGGCUCACGGGGACCACGAUUCGUGUUGCUGUUCCAGAACGUGUGCACCAGCACUGCUCGGACUGUGCAAUGUACAGAAGUAUGCCGCGUGUGUGCUUGUGUGUGUGUGUGUGCGUGCGUGUGCGUGUGUGUGUGUGUGUGCAUGAUGAGAUAACACAGAGACUUUACAGUUUACGACCCUGUGCUGUUCGUAUGAUUUCUAGAAAGGUUGCCGCGCCGAUGUUUUUAACUGACCGUAUCCUGACUUUCCUCCCCCAGUUGCAUUUACCGUUCUUUCUCUCUCCACUUUCUUAACUGCAUUCCAUGUCUCUCACUGCCUGCCCUACAGCUGCUCUCACCGUCUGCUUGCAUUCUGUGCUUAUCUUACACUAGAGAUUACCUGCGGAGAGUAGUAAAAUACCUGUAUUUUUACUACUCCCUGAUUAUACCAGCGCUGGAUUGUGAAUAGGACGUCUAGCCUGGCUGGCUGUUUACACAGUGCUGUGGUACUGUGUAUGGCAAGCCAUUCCAACUGUAUACGAUAUACGAUUGUUGUGUGUACCGGCGGUGACUUUGAUGACUACCAACCAGAA